GUAGUGCCACCUUCUCCUCACUUUGGUUGGUGAGAGAUAUAUGUAAACGGGCUUAUGUAUCUCUGGCUUCAUUUUCUAAAAUCCAACUGUCCUUGCCCUAGGCAGGGGACCAUGUUAGUUAUUUUGGGCUCUUUCCUAUCCUUUGGGGAACACAGAGUUUAGUGAAAAGAAUUCUUCUGAAGUGUGGUGUACAUGCCCAGUUCUAUUUCUAAGGCUUAGGAGGGAGUGGAAGGGAGAAGGUCCUGGCUCACGAGCAUCUGUGAAACCCACUGCUAAUGUAAAUGCAUCUCUUGAAAAUGUGCAUGUAGCCUAUGUGGAGGAACGUUACUUUGGAUUUUUGUUCAGUUUUUUUGUGAAUCCAGGUAUUCCUGAUCCAUGGGCAGUCAGUGCAUAGGAAUCCUCCAGGACUCACACUGCAAGUACAGAAUGUGGGAGGAGAGAGGUGCUGAAGCCCACCAUCACAAGAGCCUGUGACUUGGGCACACACCCUCCUGCAUAGACUCCCUCGUCUUCCAAGACAGGGAGCCAAACUGAUUGGCAUCUGUCACUGCAGGAGAUGGUGGCUUAGAAAUGGACAUGCUAGGGGACCUUGAGUCCCUGCAGUUUGAGUAUGGGAUUCAAGAGGAAGAUCGCAGCUGGCUGUAUUUGCAGGGCCGUUCUCGAGGGCUGAUGAUCAAGGCCUGUGCCCAUGCAACCUUCUUCUGCAAGCUACUCUGUAACUUGAGAGAAUCAUUCCAUGAGAAGCAGACUUCCAGCUGUCCCUUGACUGGAUUGCUUACUGGCAUUCCCGAUGAUGAUGAGUUAAAGGUGGGCAUCAUUGGAGGUGGUCACCUUGGGAAGCAACUGGCUCGUGUACUGCUUCAGCUUGUCCCCAUCCCUGCUGAGAACCUGAGGAUCUCCACUCGGAGGCCAGAGGCCCUGGAUGAGUUCCAGAAACUGGGAAUCCAGUGUUUUUACCAUAACCCUUAUCUGGUGGACUGGGCCAACGUGCUGUUCCUCUGCUGCCUGCCCUCUCAGCUGCCUAAUAUCUGCCUAGAAAUUCAAACCCGCCUGGAGAAAGGUUGCAUCGUGUACAGCUUCGUGGCUGCCGUCCCAGUAGCCAGGUUGAAACUCCUACUGAACCACACCAAUAUCUUGCGGCCUCAGUAUCAGUGUGUUGAAAAUUUUGUCAACAUCUGGGGGGCCAACAAGGACAUCACAGCUGCCCUCCAAGAUCCUGUGAUUCUUCAGGCUACCUGUCCCUACAGUCCUGCUGGGGGAAUAAUCCUCAAUAUCAAGUGGUUGGAGGGAGUGUUAUACGCGGUCCUAAACAUCUGCACCGCAAGGGACAUGCCUCACUUACAAGUGCUGCAGCUUCUGAAUGAACUGUUACUCUCUGUGCACUUUGAAGACUGUGAGAAAGAUGGAGCAUCUUGCCCCAAAUUUCAAUUACAUGAUUUUGUCAGCCAAAUCUAUAGCAAGAACCUAUCUCAGCGAAGUUGAAGAAGUCACCUGCCAGUUUUACAUCCCAAGACUGUUUGAAAUGGGAGCAAUGAGGAGGAUGGCAACCUAUCUCCCUGGCCUAAGUGCCUGGUUCCACAUCGUAACUUC